AUUAGUAACUCUUUGGACUGCUGCUAUCUGCUAUCUGUCUGUGUAGAGCAAAACAAACCAUGGCCUCAGCAUCUCUCCUCAAGUCAUCUCCCGUUCUUGACAAGUCCGAGUGGGUAAAGGGUCAGAGCCUUCGCCAACCUUCCGUCUCCAUCGUCCACUGCCACCCCACCACCACCACCACCUCAUCUCUCAGCGUGCGAGCUGCUUCCUCCUAUGCCGAUGAACUUGUCAAGACUGCGAUAUGCUCAAAUCUUUUCAAUGUCUAUUAACAUCGAUUAGCAUAAAACUGAGGCAUCACCAGGACAAGGAAUUUUGGCCAUGGACGAGUCGAACGCAACUUGUGGAAAGCGUCUGGCGUCGAUUGGGCUCGAGAACACCGAGGCGAACCGUCAAGCUUACCGGACUCUUCUGAUCACAGUUCCUGGGCUCGGCCAAUACAUCUCCAGUGCUAUCCUCUUUGAGGAGACUCUCUACCAAUCCACCACCGAUGGCAAGAAAAUGGUUGAUGUGCUUGUUGAGCAAGGCAUUGUCCCUGGUGUCAAAGUCGACAAGGAUAAUGGGUUGGUCCCAAUUGUAGAGCCAGAAAUCUUGCUUGAUAGUGAGCAUGGCAUUGAAAGGACUUUCGAAAUUGCCCAGAAAGUUUGGGCUGAGGUCUUCUUCUACCUUGCUGAAAACAAUGUCAUGUUUGAAGGAAUACUCCUCAAGCCAGGCAUGGUUACUCCUGGAGCCGAAUGCAAGGACAAGGCCACACCUCAGCAGGUUGCAGAAUACACUCUCAAGCUCCUCGGCCGGAGAAGCCCCCCCAGCCGUCCCUGGAAUCAUGUUUUUGUCUGGUGGACAACCCGAAGUGGAAGCAACCUUGAACUUGAAUGCCAUGAACCAGUCUCCCAAUCCGUGGCAUGUAUCGUUCUCGUACGCUCGGGCCCUUCAGAACACCUGUCUGAAGACGUGGGGUGGCUGCCCGGAGAACGUGAAGGAAGCUCAGGAGGCUUUGCUCCUCAGGGCCAAGUCCAACUCUCUUGCUCAGCUUGGGAAGUACACUGUUGAGGGAGAGUCAGACGAAGCCAAGAAAGGAAUGUUUGUCAAGGGCUACACCUACUAAGCCGUUGCAUUUGAGUCUGCCGUAGAAAAAAAAAAAAAAAGAUGAUGAUGAUGAUUUCAAGACUAUUUUUGUUCUUUGCAUUAAUGUUAACCAAAUAAUAAGCUACUUUCUGAUGAGAUUAGUUAGUGUGUAGUAAUGCAGUCUUAUACUGAAGUGUUUCAAUGGUUGUUGGGGAUACAACCUUGAAUCUAUUUUGUUGUGAUAUUACACGUGAA